ACUGAUUGGAGAAGCAAAGAAAACGGGGAAAAAAAAAGAUCCAACAGGCAGUUUGCCUUGCGUGUAUGGCAUGGGAGGCGCUGGCUUAGAACGCGAUUGAUUUGAUUGACUGUGAAGGACCAACUGGAAGAUCUCUUCUUCUGUCUUCUCUUCUCUUCUCUACCCGGAUGUCAACGAUGAGGCGUCCCAUGUGGAAAAUUCACUGCAUGACGGUAGUUUUCCUUAUCGGCAUCAAUUUCUACUUGCUGGUCAAACUGCUCCAUUGCGCCGAGAAGACCAGCGACCACAACCGGACCAGCUCCAGCACGGAAGGAUCGCCCGCCUCUUCCAGCCUCUUCGGAUGGCAGUACGCCGGGCAGCAGCGACAUCCGCUGCUGGACGUCCAAGUCAGGGGACUCUGGAAGGGCCUGCAAUUGCCAGUACAGCACCGGACCGAACAGGGGUCGUCCGGCGGAGCUAGGAGCCCAGCCAGGAGCGGCCGUGAAGAGGAUAAAGCGGCCGAAACGGAAGCAGCGAUGGCCGACAGCUCCACUUUUGAUUUGCUGAUGCCACUCGGCCGUUGGGACGAUAGCCGCAGUUUCGUCGUUCGAGACUUUGCCGUUACCGGCAAGCAGUUCCACAGCACGGCCGUUAGCCACAACGUGUGCUUGGCGACGCAAUCAUCUCUUGACCGGCUUCAUUGGCUGGGCGAGUCGUCGGAUCACUGGCGGGGGGCGAUUUCUCUGGCCAUUUACUUGGACGACGAAGAGGUCGGCCUUUUCUACAAAGUCUUGACACACAUGCGCCGGUGUCACUCUGACCUGCUGGCCAACAUCGCCUUCCACGUCGUGUCGGCCGCUGGCCAAUCUCUGACCCUUCCGGCCGCCUUUUCCGCUACCUUUGCUUCUUCCGCUUCCUCCUCCUCCUCCUCGGGCGGCGACAGUAGCAAGACGGAAACGGAUGAUGGCGACGAAGGCACUUCCGCUUACGCUGGCCACCAGUCGACUCCGGUCAAUUGUACGGGCCCUUCCGAGGCCCUCACCUGGCUCUUGAAAGAACGUCCGUCUCUCAGCGCCAAAUGGGAAUCCGGGCGACCUUAUCCGCAGAAUUUGAUGCGCAACGUUGCCCGCAAAGGCUGCCCGAGUCAUUACGUCCUUUUGCUGGACGUUGACGUCAUUCCUUCCUACAACAUGGCCGAGUCGCUGGCUGAAUUCCUCGACCGGCCCUCGGUGGUAGCGCAUUGCACCAAGUGCGCUUUCGUCGUGCCAACUUAUGAACUGGACUAUUCUUCUGAUUUCCCGCAGAACAAAUCGCAAUUACUAACGCUGGAAAACCAGGGACGGGCCCAGCCGUUUCAUCACAAAGCCUUCCGCUACAAUCAAUUCGCCAGCAAUUUGACCAGAUGGCGCCAGACUUCUGAAACGGACCAAGUGGUCAUCAGCCACAACGUGACCAACUACGAGUUCUUUUACGAGCCGUUCUACAUCGCCCGCGACGAAGCGCCGCCUCACGACGAACGAUUCCUGGGGUACGGCUUCACCAGAAACACUCAGGUCUACGAAAUGGCGUUGUCCGGCUGGAGUUUCCACGUCCUGAGUCCCAUCUUCACCAUUCACUGGGGGAUGCAGAUGAAACAGCGGCGUCCGGCUUGGAGAAAGACUCAGAUGGAUCGCAAUCGGCGCCUGUUCGACGUCAUUCAUCACGAGCUGAAAGCCAAGUAUGGCUUGCUCAACAAGAGCCCCGUUCGCUGGCAUCCGAAACCUAACCAGCAGGCCGCCGCGUUCAGUGGCAGCGCUCGAGUCAACAGCGACGCCGCCGCCAAACAGCAGCAGCAGCAGCAUCCGCUAUUCGCUGCCGCCAAGUCAGCAGCCAGAACUUCGAUCUGAUCUGAUAUUUCCAGCAGCCCAAAAGCAUCUCGUUUCUAUCUAGUACAUCUGCCCAUCUCAUACGUUUAUCUUCUUAUCUCUACUUCUUUGAUUCUCCUUUUCAUUUCGACAAAUAACGUGACCAUCAUCCAUCCAAUUUCUUGCUCUUUCUCGUCCCUCGCUCAUUCAAACCGGUGACCCUCGCUCGGUGGAAUGACAUACGCCGAGCUCAUUUUUUUCCGGAUUCACGUCCUAUAUUACAUUAUAUAUUACAUCAGACGCAAAGCGUUGGUGGGCGUAUCGUUUCCCCCUUAUUGUACACAGUCAGAGUCUCUCUGCGCUGAUCAAAAGGAACUUUUUUCGGGGUUGAGAUGAGCCAGCGACCUCGUCUCUCUCCGUUUCAACGAGUUUUCCACCGGCGGGGAGAGCCUUUCCUUCGUCGAGUUGUGUGGAUCCUCCUGAAGAAAUCUAGUCAAAAGUCAUGUCCCUUUGGCUCCAGCUACUGCUGCAUGCUCUUAAACAAUAAAAAAAAGAAAAG